CUAUCUAGGAAGUGGUAUCUAGAAUGAGUAGCUAGUUAGCUAGUUAGCUCGGUAAGCUUCUAGAAUGCGGUGGAACGGGCUGGGCAUUUCCAGCUCUGGGUUUGGGGGUUUGAUUAGCACAGCUAGCUAGCUCAUAGCGAACUGGCUUCUGAAAGCACUGACUGAGGAGGGCUGCUGACAGAAAGUUAAUUGUUUGCUUGCUGUACAGUGAAAGAAAAUUAGUGACCUUUCUAUCUACCUCGUAGUAGUAGAGAAGCACUGUCCAGUUUAAAAAAGCUAGCAACAGCAGGAAGCGUGAGGAAGGUGGUGGCGCAGGCCGAGGGUAGCAGUUGGUGGCAGUGGCAGGCAAGCGGUUGGCCAUGCUAUGCUGGGGAAACGCGUCCUUUGGUCAGCUUGGCUUGGGGGGCAUUGAUGAAGAGAUUGUGCUGGAGCCGAAGAACUGCGAGUUCUUCUGCGGAAAAACAGUGAGUGGUGUGGGCUGCGGCCUCCGCCACACGGCGUUCCUGCUUGGUGACGGCACCGUCUACACCUGUGGCUGCAAUGACCUGGGCCAGCUGGGGCACGAUAAAUCCCGCAAAAAGCCAGAGCAGGUUGCAGCCCUGGAUGCCCAGAACAUUGUGGGUGUGUCCUGUGGAGAGGCGCACACCCUCGCUCUGAAUGAUAAGGGACAGGUGUUCGCCUGGGGCCUGGGCUCAGACGGGCAGCUGGGCCUUCCAAAUGUGGAGGACUGCACCCGCGUUCCCAGAAACAUCAAGAGCUUAUCAGAUGUGCAGAUUGCCCAAGUUGCCUGCGGAUAUCGACACUCCCAUGCUCUGUCCAGAGGAGGCAAAAUCUAUUCGUGGGGACAGAAUAAAUAUGGACAGCUGGGCCUGGGAAACAAUGGCAAAAAUGUGACCUCACCCCACAUCAUCCCAUCAUUAGUGGGGAUUCCAUUUGCUCAGAUAUCAGCAGGGGGUGCCCACAGCUUUGCACUCACCCUGUCUGGGGCCGUUUUUGGAUGGGGCCGCAACAAGUUCGGCCAACUAGGUCUCAACGACAAUACUGACCGAUACUUUCCUGUCUUGCUGAAAUCGCUGAGAUCUCAGAGGGUUGUGUACAUCUGUUGUGGAGAAGAUCAUACAGCGGCUCUAACAAAGGAGGGUGGUGUGUUUACAUUUGGAGCUGGAGGAUAUGGUCAGUUGGGGCAUAACAGCACAAACCAUGAAAUCAAUCCCAGGAAGGUGUUUGAGCUCAUGGGAAAUGUAGUCACACAGAUCGCCUGUGGUAGGCAGCACACGUUAGCAUUCAUCCCUUCAUCUGGGAAGAUCGACUCCUUUGGACUCGGGGGAAAUGGGCAGCUUGGCACCCGCUCCACCUGCAACAGGAAGAGCCCAGCUCCUGUCAAAGGCCCCUGGGUGCUACACAAUGUGCCCUGCCAUCCGGAUACAGAUGCUGACCAAUGCUGCUGUGUGAAGAGAAUAUAUGCAGGUGGAGACCAGAGCUUUGCCCACUACUUUAUUCCCCAGAAUUCUCUACCUCCAGAUGAUGACCGAGUUCUUGAUCCAGGCAAACACAUAUAUACACUGAAUGCAGACCUCAUUCAGCGAUGGCUCAACCAUUCCCAAGGACGGCUGCCACCAGAGAUUGCCAAUGAGAUUGAUAUUGUAUUCUCCUCAGCCAGUUGUCUUAAUGGGAGUUUUUUGUCUGAGAGCCAUCCAGAUCACUACAACACGAGUAGCAGAUGCUCAGGGGUCGAUAUGAAUGCAGUACGCCUGCUCUUUCACCGACUGAUCCUACCUGAGCAUACACAUAUCACACAGCAGAUUGCUGCCAGUCUGGAGAAGAACCUGAUCCCCAGGCUGAGCAGCUCUCCUCCAGACAUUGAGGCGUUGCGUCUCUACCUCACCCUGCCGGAAUGCCCACUCCUCCACGACCCAGACAAUUUUCUUACUCUAGCCAUUCCAUUUGGCAAAGCUAUAAUCAAUUUGAAAGGGGCGCCCUUGAAGGUUCUUGAGAACUGGUGGUCCAGGCUGGAGCCCCCAGUGUUCCAGCGGUUGGUAGAAUUGUAUAAGCAGGUGGUGCUAAACCUUCUGAGGCUGCGUAAAGUAGGCCUUCCCCACUCAGAACAGAGGACCUUCAGCUGUCUGCUCCACACCGCGCUCAGAGUCCUAGAGAUUCUGCACAUUGUGAAUGAAAGGGGACAUGUCAUACAGUAUGACAAAUUCUACAUCCAUGAGUUGGAUGACCUGAUAGACAUCAGAAAUGACUACAUCAACUGGAUUCAACAGCAAAUGUUUUCAAUGGUGCCAGAUUACCCGGUUACCAUGUGCAGAUACCCAUUUGUGUUCGAUGCCCAAGCCAAGACGACACUGCUUCAGACGGACGCUGUGUUACAGAUGCAGAUGGCAGUAGACCAGGCUCAGAGGCAGAACUUCUCCUCACUCUUCAUGCCAGUGGUAGAAUCUGUAAAUCCUUGCCUGAUUCUCAUCGUGAGGAGGGAGAGGAUUGUGGAAGACACUGUGGACGUGCUCAGAAAAUCCCAGAAUGUUGACUACAAGAAGCCUCUAAAGGUGAUUUUUGUAGGGGAGGAAGCUGUGGAUGCUGGAGGUGUUCGAAAGGAAUUCUUCCUGCUGAUAAUGAAAGAGCUACUUGACCCCAAGUAUGGAAUGUUUCGCUACUAUGAGGAAUCAAGGCUGAUCUGGUUUGCAGACAAGACAUUUGAAGACAUUGAUCUGUUUCAUCUGAUUGGCGUUGUGUGCGGACUGGCUAUCUAUAACAUGACCAUCGUGGAGCUGCACUUCCCUGUAGCCUUGUACAAGAAGCUGUUGAAGAAGAAGCCGUCGCUGGAAGACCUAAAGGAGCUGAUGCCGGAUGUGGGAAGGAACCUGCAGCAGUUGCUGGAUUAUACAGAGGAUGAUGUGGACGAAACCUUCUGUUUGAACUUCACUAUCACAGUGGAAAACUUUGGUGCAACUGAAGUGUUGGAACUCAUCCCAAAUGGUGUGAAUAUCAGUGUUAAUAACUCAAACAGGCAGGAGUUUGUUGAUGCAUAUGUGGACUAUAUUUUCAACACAUCUGUGGCUCCGCUGUUCGAUGCCUUCUAUGCUGGAUUCCAUAAAGUGUGCGGAGGCAAAGUGCUGGAGCUGUUCCAGCCCAACGAGCUCCAGGCGAUGGUGAUCGGAAACACUAACUACGACUGGAAGGAGCUGGAAAAGAGCACAGAAUACAAGGGCGAAUACUGGGCCGAGCAUCCCACAAUAAAGUUCUUCUGGGAGGUGUUCCACAAGCUGUCUUUGGAAAAGAAGAAACAGUUUCUUUUGUUUCUGACCGGAAGUGACCGCAUUCCCAUCUUGGGCAUGAAGAGCCUCAGACUCGUGAUCCAACCCACAGGUGGAGGUGACCAGUACCUGCCUGUUGCACACACCUGCUUUAACCUGCUGGAUCUCCCAAAAUACAGCAGCAGGGAGAGACUCCACGACAAGCUCAUCCAGGCCAUAGAUCAGUAUCAAGGCUUCAACCUGGUCUAAAAUUAAAUAAAAGCCAAGGUUUCAGCAUUUUCUAAAAUCAAACAAGAAACCAGGGCUUCAGGUCUGGUCUAACAUUUAAAUGAAAAACCAAAAUGGUUCCAUCUAACUCCUGUCAACAUUGGAUGAAAAUUUGAGUCCCCUAGAUGGUACCAUAAGGCAAUGAGCAGUGUGCUGGUCUCAGGAUGAAUGCAUUCAGCCUAGGCGAAACUACAAUUAAAAAAGUCCAUCAGUCUGCUACAGCCAAAUGCUUGAGAGUUUCAGGAUUUUUCUUGGUCUUAAAUACACGGUAAAAAUAUCAUUAAAAACACUGUAAUUCAACCACAACUACUUGUUUGUAUUUCAG